AUGGGAUAUCUCAAUUCAGUUUUGUCCUCUUCAAGUCAGGUUCGUGCCAUGGAUGAUGCACCUGUUAGCGGUGGUGGUCUCAGUCACAAUGGAAAAUUCAGCUAUGGGUAUGCUAGCUCGCCCGGCAAGAGAUCUUCAAUGGAAGAUUUUUAUGAGACAAGAAUUGAUGGUGUUGAUGGUGAAAUCGUUGGCCUUUUCGGAGUUUUUGAUGGUCAUGGCGGUAUUCGUGCGGCUGAGUAUGUUAAGAAAAACCUGUUUAGUAAUUUGAUCAGUCACCCGAAAUUCAUUUCUGACACCAAAUCAGCCAUAUCUGAUGCAUAUAAUCAUACCGAUUCGGAAUAUCUGAAAUCAGAAAACAAUCAUCACAAAGAUGCAGGAUCUACUGCAUCUACUGCCAUUCUUGUUGGUGAUCGUUUGCUUGUUGCAAAUGUUGGAGACUCCAGGGCUGUUAUAUGCAGGGGUGGUACUGCAUAUGCUGUUUCUCGAGAUCAUAAGCCAGACCAAACUGAUGAGAGGCAAAGGAUUGAAGACGCAGGAGGCUUUGUUAUGUGGGCUGGAACUUGGAGAGUUGGAGGUGUUCUGGCUGUUUCUCGUGCAUUUGGCGAUAGACUCUUGAAGCAGUAUGUUGUUGCUGAUCCUGAAAUCCAGGAAGAAAAAAUUGACAGUUCUCUUGAGUUUCUUAUUCUGGCCAGUGAUGGGCUAUGGGACGUCGUCACAAACGAGGAAGCCGUUGCUAUGAUUAAACCACUUGAGGAUGCAGAGGAGGCGGCAAAGAGACUGAUGCAAGAAGCAUAUCAGAGAGGCAGUGCUGACAAUAUCACUUGCGUUGUCGUUCGUUUCUUGAUGAACCAAGGCUCCUCUUCUCAUACUAGCUCUGUAACUAACCGUCCUUAG